CCGGCAGAAAUUUAACCCAACCAACUAAUCUUCGAGUUUUAACUGUUCUCCAGAUCAUCAAUUACAAUGCCUAAGUUAUCAUCUGUGGCCAAGACUGCGCAGUUGGCUUCCCAAGCGGUCAAGUUGCAAACCGCCAGAAGCUUGCCUCAAGCUGGCCAGUACCAAGCCAUGAGAAUGGUGGACUCCCGUAUGGCCUCCUCUGCAUCUGGACUCAAGACCAUCACUGUUCGUGAUGCCUUGAACGCUGGUCUUGCUGAAGAAUUGGACAAGGACGACGAUGUGUUCUUGAUGGGUGAAGAAGUCGCCCAAUAUAACGGUGCCUACAAGGUUUCCAAGGGAUUGUUGGACCGUUUUGGUGAGCGCAGAGUGAUCGACACUCCUAUCACCGAGAUGGGUUUCACUGGUUUGGCUGUGGGUGCUGCUUUGCACGGAUUGAAGCCAGUUUUGGAGUUCAUGACCUUCAACUUUGCCAUGCAAGCCAUUGACCAGAUCGUCAACUCCGCUGCAAAGACCUUCUACAUGUCUGGUGGUAAGCAGCCAUGUAACAUCACCUUCCGUGGUCCAAACGGUGCUGCUGCUGGUGUUGGUGCCCAACACUCUCAAUGUUACGCCGCCUGGUACGGUUCCAUUCCUGGUUUGAAGGUGGUUUCUCCUUACUCUGCUGAAGACUACAAGGGUUUGAUCAAGGCCGCCAUCAGAGACCCUAACCCAGUUGUUUUCUUGGAAAACGAAAUUGCCUACGGUGAAUCGUUCGAGAUCUCCGAAGAAGCCUUGUCAUCCGACUUCGUCUUGCCAAUCGGUAAGGCCAACAUCGAAAGAGAAGGUACCGACAUCACCUUGGUGUCCCACUCCAGAUCCGUCAAGUUCUGCAUGGAGGCUGCCGAGACCUUGGAGAAGGAAUACGGUGUCAAGGCUGAAGUCAUCAACUUGAGAUCCAUCAAGCCAUUGGACGUCCCAACCAUUGUGGAAUCCGUCAAGAAGACCAACCACUUGGUCACCGUUGAAGCCGGUUUCCCAGCCUUCGGUGUUGGUUCCGAAAUCUGUGCCCAAAUCAUGGAGUCCGAAGCAUUUGACUACUUGGACGCUCCUGUCGAAAGAUGUACCGGUUGUGAAGUCCCAACCCCAUACGCUAAGGAAUUGGAAGACUUUGCAUUCCCAGACAGGGAAAUUGUUCUUAGAGCUUCAAGAAAGGUCUUGGGUUUAUAGAUCUAGAGUAACGCCAGUACUAUAAUAAAAGUAAUAGUCAUAUCAGCGAGUAGGAAUUGGCCGGACUAAAACAAUAGUCCUACUUGGGAGUAGUUGGUAAUAUUUGUGUCAGUACUGAAGUGUAGUCAUACUUGCGGGCAGACUGAGGAAUCUAUCACGUAUUAGAUUUUCAUAUUGCUAGUAGUCGAGAAGGAAGGGACGCUGGUAUUAAAGGGUGUGGAGUUCCAGAGUACGUAAAGAACUAUUUGAUAUAUAUGAGUCUAAUGAUACUUAGUCAAUUUAGC